AUUUUCAUGGUAAAGUUAGAGAAAAGGCCUGAAAAUACCCGAAGAAAGGAGCCAAAAAGUAUUAAGCAGAUGGUUCACAAGUAGGUCCCGCUUCACACUGUUGCAUGCAAUACUUUAAUACUUUUCUUGCACUAUAUAUAUGGGUCUUGUUGAGCCUUUGCAUUCAUCCUUCUCAACUGUUGUUAUGUUCACUAACAAAAUGAAUCUGAUCAAGCCCUUUAUUUUGCUUUGUUUUCUGUAUGGGGUGAUCCUCAUCGCUGCGGUGGUGGCUGGUGAGCCAUGGAAAGAUGAGGAAAAAGGAACAAACGGAAUUCACGAAGAAUUUAGUGGAUGCGAUGAAGUGCAGGGAAUCCUUUUGAGUGGUAGGAAAUUCCAGCUAAAUCAUGAUACCGGUAACUGUGGGAAAGGAAAGGGAAAGGGAGGUGGUGACAAAGGGGGAGGAGGUGAUGAAGGUGGAUCAGGAGGUGGUGGAGGUUAUGGUGGUGGUGGAUCAGGUGGAGGUGGAGGUGGUAGUGCCGGAGGCGGUGGAAGCGGAGGAGGUGGUGGAAGCCAAGGGGGCGGAAGUGGAGGUUACAGUGGUGGUGGAAGUCAAGGAGGAGGGGGUAGCGCCGGAGGUGGUGGUGGAAGCCAAGGAGGAGGAGGUAGCGCCGGAGGUGGUGGUAGCGAAGGAGGAGGGGGUAGUGCUGGAGGUGGUGGUGGAAGCCAAGGAGGAGGAGGUAGCGCCGGAGGUGGUGGAAGUGGAGGAGGAGGAGGUAGUGCUGGAGGUGGUGGAGGUUACGGCGGUGGUGGUGAAGGGGGUGGAAGCCAAGGGGGAGGGGGCAGCGCUGGAGGUGGUGGUAGCGAAGGAGGAGGGGGCAGCGCUGGAGGUGGUGGUAGUGAAGGAGGAGGAGGUAGUGCUGGAGGUGGUGGAGGUUACGGAAGCGGUGGAAGCCAAGGAGGAGGGGGUAGUGCCGGAGGUGGUGGUAGCGAAGGAGAAGGGGGUAGUGCUGGAGGUGGUGGUGGAAGCCAAGGAGGAGGAGGUAGCGCCGGAGGUGGUGGUAGUGAAGGAGGAGGAGGUAGUGCUGGAGGUGGUGGAGGUUACGGAAGUGGUGGAAGCCAAGGAGGAGGGGGUAGUGCCGGAGGUGGUGGUAGCGAAGGAGGAGGAGGUGAUGCUGGGGGUGGUGGUAGCCAAGGAGGAGGUAGUGGAGGUUAUGGUGGUGGUGGAAGUGGAGGAGGUGGUGGUAGCGAAGGAGGAGGAGGUAGUGCUGGGGGUGGUGGAAGCCAAGGAGGAGGGGGCAGUGCCGGAGGUGGAGGUAGCCAAGGAGGAAGUGGAGGAGGUGGUGGUAGCCAAGGAGGAGGAAGUGGAGGAGGCGGCCAAGGAGGUAGUGGUGGUGAUCAAGGAGGUGGCGGAGGUUACAUUGGGGGUGGUGGUAGUGAAGGAGGAGGUUCUAGUGGUGGCGAGGGCGGAGGCUACGGUGCUGGUGGCGGCGAUAAAGGAGGAGGAAUUGGAGGUGAUGAAAAAGGAGACGAUCAUCAUGGAGAAAGGGGAAAAGGUGGGAAAGAUAGAGGACACAAAGGUGGCGAAGGAGGAUAUUGAAUUAUUAUUAAAGAAGGCUAUGGCAUAUAGAAUAAAGGGAAAGGACGUGUUGGUUGGCAUGGAACCAAAGUCUAGAGUUAGACAACUACUACCUAGUUCUUUCUUCAACUUAAAUGUAGCUUUAGAGAUGAUACUCGGUUUCAUUGUUCCCUUUUCAUGUAAUACUUUACGUUGAUCCAUGAAUAAAAAUUUGACAAUUUACGUAGAGUA